AUGUCUAUGGAAAAGGCUAAAGCACGCGUUGCCCUCGGUGAACAGCCAUUUGAGGGGCGGCGAGACUUCAUGACUUACAUGCUCAGGCGAGGUAAGGAUGGCGUGACUGCCAUGAGUGAGACAGAAUUGCUAGUCAAUUCAUCGAUCGUCAAUGGAGCUGGUAGUGAGACCACUGCGACUGCUUUGUCGGGCGCCUUCUUUUACAUUGGCACACACCCGCAGGUUUACAGCUAUCUCGUCGAUGAGAUUCGUGGCGCCUUCACCGAUGCUAGUGACAUAACACUGAAGAGUACAGCACAACUUCAAUAUCUACAUGCGUGUAUUGAAGAAACAUUGAGAAUUUACCCGCCUGCUGCCGAAACACCACCAAGAGUCUGUCCAGGAGCAACAAUUGGCGGCAAGUAUAUCCCCAAAGGUACUGUUGUCACUGUCUAUCAAUGGGCUACCUUCCGAAACCCCAGCAACUUUGCCGACUCCGACUCAUUCUGA